GGCGGCGCUAGCCUCUGCCGAGCGGCCCCCCGGCCGCGGCCGCAGCGCACUGCCCGGCCGGAGUGCGACGCGGCAGCCCGAGUCCGGACGCCGGCCGGUCCCCUGCGCUCCGCGGACGGGCGGGGGUCUGUGGACGCCCGGCCGGCAGCAUGGAUUCGGAUUCCGGCGAGCAGAGCGAGGGCGAGCCCGGGACCGCCGCAGGUCCUGAUGUUUUUAGUUCAAAGAACCUUGCCCUUCAAGCCCAGAAGAAGAUUCUGAGCAAAAUAGCCAGUAAAACUGUGGCCAACAUGCUGAUUGAUGACACCAGCAGCGAGAUCUUUGAUGAGCUCUAUAAAGUCACCAAAGAGCACACACAUAACAAGAAGGAAGCCCACAAGAUCAUGAAAGACUUAAUCAAGGUGGCAAUCAAAAUUGGGAUCCUCUACCGGAACAACCAGUUCAGCCAGGAGGAGGUUGUUAUCGUGGAGAAGCUCAGGAAGAAACUGAACCAGACGGCCAUGACAAUCGUCAGCUUCUAUGAGGUAGAAUACACCUUCGAUAGAAAUGUGCUCUCCAAGCUCCUACAUGAGUGCCAGGACCUGGUGCAUGAACUGGUACAGAGACACCUGACACCCCGGAGCCACGGGCGCAUCAACCAUGUCUUCAACCACUUUGCUGAUAUGGAGUUCCUCUCCACCCUUUAUAGCCUGGAUGGAGACUGUAGGCCCAACCUCAAGAGGAUUUGUGAAGGAAUCAAUAAAUUGCUAGACGAGAAAGUCCUCUGAAUGCCUUCCCUCCUCCUGGACUUGGCUGCAUUCAUGUUACAGCACCCAGCGUGUUCCAGGUGAGAAUCAGGAAAACAAGAAGAAACCCUUGUCAAAGAUGCCCGUGUUCUGUCCUGUUCAUCCCUCUGAUGUUGAUGCUAGAUUGAGCUCAGGUGUGUUUAUCACCUAAGCUCUCUGCUGAGGUCUGUACUUAAAAUCUCCUUUGUUUGCAAGCCCAAAGGACAUCUCAUCUAUUCUAAGCAGAAAAGCUGCCCUACUCAUCUAGGUGGGCCCAGUUCAUCUUGUGGAAUGGAAGGAGCCCUGGACCAGGGGUCAGAGGACAUGGGUUUGGUUCCCAGCUCCAUCAGUUACAAUUUUGUCCUCUGGAUCCUGGAACCAUCAUGCCCACCUGCCUACCUCCCAGGGCUGCUGUGAGGAUCAAAUGAGAUUAUGUUCAUGCUUUUAAAAACUAAUAAAAGGUCUAACUAGUUUCUCUUUGGCAUGUGGCAGGGAUCAACCUGGAUCUAGACUAUUAAGCAGCAGAGAAAAGAACAAUAGUAUCUAAUGGGCUGGGUUUGCAAUUUGUCUCUAGAUGUGCUGUUUCAAACAAAAUAAAAAUGAAUCCAAAGGUGUGAAAAAGUA